AUGCAAACCACUGCAUCUCAUACUGCUCAAACGGAACGGAACUCCCGAUUUAAAGCAAUUUGUCGAAAUAUUGAAACCACAGAACAUGAAAUACAUGUACAUUCCCGAAAGCUUGAUCGGCUCAAAAAGAAGCUGAUGAUGGAGGAAAAGAAGAAUGCAAUUAAUCUUUUAAAAAGUAUGAGAGUAGAAUCUGAACGAGGAACAGAGAUCCCUUUCAGUAAACCAAGAAAGAGAGGUCUAACUUCAAAGUUUAUGUAUGAAGAAGGAUUAAAAUCAGAAGAUCUUGCGGAUGAAUAUCUAAUGCCGUUACAUUUAAGGUAUCCUGAAACAGGAUAUGAUUUUGAAAUUCGAGAUAUUGAGGAUAUAAAAGAUUUUGAUAAAGACUCCAAGUAUUAUGAACAGAUGCAUGAGUUGAUACAUUCUCCGCGAAAUACAAUUCCUGAGCUCAUUGAAGAAAAAAGAAGAAAGAGAGAAGAAGAGGAACGAAGAAGGAGAGAAGAACUGGAAGCACACAUUAAACAAGAACGAAAACAAAAGUUAAAGAGCAAACUGAAAGCUUCAAGCAAAUUAAUCAUGCUGUCAUCCAUGUCAUUUAAAAAGUCUGCGGCAAAACUUGUGGCAUCACAACCAACCGACAAUGUUGAAUCUGUUGAAAUUGAAGAAGAUGUUUUUGAAAAGACUAGAAAAGAAUUAUUUGGAAUUAAGGAUAAAAUCGAUCCACCUCAAGAAAAAGUGGAAAAAAAGAAACCAGAAAAGAAGACGAACAAUUUGUUACAGCUUUUGGGAAUACCAACUUCAGAUUCCUCCUCCAAUCUUUCCGUGACGGCUGAAUCUCAAUCGAAUUUAUCACCACAUCCUGCACCCUCUCAAGGACAACCUGCCAAAGGCAACAACACUUCGAGGCGCUCUCUUGUUUCAUUUUCAACUCUUGUGGAUGCUAAACGAGCUACCCCUUCCAUGAGUGCUAGAAAACAGUGA